GGGGGGCGGCGGCGGCACCGGCAGCGGCACCGGCAGCGGGAGGAUGCUGAGCCCCGAGCGGCUCUCGAUGCCGGGGCCCGAGUACCUGGCUCAAAGACAUGUCCUCACGUACAUGGAGGAUGCAGUGAGCCAGCUGCUGGAGAACAGAGAAGAUAUUAGUCAGUAUGGCAUUGCCAGGUUCUUCACUGAAUAUUUUAACAGUGUUCGUCAAGGAACGCACAUUUUGUUCCGUGAAUUCAGCUUUGUCCAAGCUACCCCUCAUAACAGGGCAUCUUUUCUUCGUACCUUUUGGAGAUGUUUCCGAACAGUGGGGAAAAAUGGAGAUUUACUGACAGCACAGGAAUACCACUGCUUGCUGCAGCUGCUCUGCCCUGACUUCCCCAUGGAACUCACUCAGAAGGCAGCAAGGAUUGUGCUGGUGGAUGAUGCUAUGGAUUGCCUGAUGUCUUUUUCUGACUUCCUCUUUGCCUUCCAGAUCCAAUUCUACUACUCAGAGUUUCUGGAAAGUGUGGCUGCCAUUUAUCAAGACUUAUUGGCUGGUAAGAGUCCAAACACUGUGAUUGUGCCAACAUCAUCCUCUGGGCAACAUCGGCAGCGCCAACCCCCAAAUGACUGCAGCCCACUUGAUGGAGUAGAGGCAUCUCUCUUCUAUCAGUGCCUAGAGUCCUUGUGUGACAGAUCAAAAUACAGCUGUCCACCUUCUGCUCUUGUGAAGGAAAUGCUGAGUAGUGCACAGAGGCUGACCUUCUAUGGAUUCCUUAUGGCACUUGCAAAACAUCAGGGGAUCAACAGAGCCCUCGGGGCUCUGCCAGAUAAAGGAGACUUGUUUCUGGACCCUGCCAUGGAUCAAGAACUUGAGAAAUUGGUGGCUCAGGUUUCAGGGCUUUCUGUCUCUACUCCUGCCAGCUCCAGUGGGGAUACAGCUACUUUGCCUGUCCGUAACUUGCCCAAGAUUAGCUCUCCCUGGAAGCCUCUUCACCAUCGCCGAAAAAUGGAUGCUGAGAGUGAAGGCUCCAAUGAAGAGACAGACUCCUCAGAAAAUUGAAGGUUGUGAGGGUUGGCACCAUCUCCAUCAUGAGUUUCUCCAGAACUCCCUGGAGGAACAGCACCUCCUCCCAGAUAUCUGGUCUGACGAUGGGUUCUGUCCACAUCUCCAGUGCGUGCGCAGCUGUGCCAAUCCCCACUGCUUGGUCCGCCAGUCUCCUCCCAGGAAAAACCAUGCUGUCUUCUUAGCUCCAAAUUCAUGAAUAGCUCCCUUUGCAGAAGCCGUGUACAGCUGCGGAGUUAUGCUACCCUCUGCUGGCAAGUAAGACAAACCAGCAGACGCUAGGUCUACCUCUACUUGGAAAAUAGUAGCAGAUUCUCUCACCAGACACUCUCACACAGUUCAGCAGGUGCUGGAGCAGUGGGAGUGCUAGUGCAGGCUGGUUGCCAGAGUUCUGCUGUGUAGCUGUGUUCAAACUUGGCCUAGACAUUAGUGGUUAAAUUGUCAGUGGCUGCUCUGCACUCACGCUCUCUUACAGUUAUUCCCUGUGAAACUGCACCUGGUAUGAUCAAAGCUAGAGAAAUCCCUAAAGUUCCUAGAAAAGAAGGGCUUAGGUUGUGCCCUGCCACCUGUCUCUACAUCCUCCUCCAUGUGUCCAAGUAUUGCUAUAACAAGUAAGCUAGAUUUCAGUUAAGUAGUACAUGAGAGUGUCUGGCUCUUCCACUGUACUGAGCUCCCCUCUGUAAGGCCUUCCUUGGACCUGUUUGGUGAAAGCAAGCUUUGGAGCAAGAGGCUGGAGAGUUGGAGAAGAGAGAGGAAGUGCCUCUUCUCUCCAGAUGGCCCAGGUGGUGCAGCCUGCGAACAUACAGAGUAUCUGGUAGGGUUUAGUGGGCCCAACAGGAAAAGGAAGCAGCUAUCAAGAGACUCCCAGGUAUUUUUUGUAAGUGCUGGUAUUGCUGUUCUGUCACAGGAUAGCCCUUACAACUGCCAGAUGAAGUAUCUUCUCCUGGUGUCGACUCAGCAGUCCGGCCUCCACAGCCCUGAACGCUUUAGCUAUAGAGCGGUGCCCUAGCUCACAGCUUGUACAGGCUUGUUAGUCCCUGAGCUAAUUCAUUCUUCUUUUGAUCCUCUGGGAGCCUCCUUGCUCCUCCCUUUUAUAAGCUGCUGCCUAGUGUGCGCUCCGUUCACCAACAGCUUACAGCUGUCCUAAGCCAGAGUGGAUUUAGCCCCAAUGAAACUAUUUUAAGAUAAUCCUGUAAGCACUGCUGAACCUGCACUGCUACCCCAAUCACAGAAAUAGUGGGAGGUGUUAUUUAUUGUAACUUAUUUUAUUUAUUAACAUGCCCUUUCACUGCUCUUUCUGUCCCACCCAUCUGCGAGCGACUGCAAAGACCAGCAAUAAAGCCCGUCGCACCAGGCACCUGCCGCACGCGGGCUCUUAUGCGCCGCCAUGGCCCGGCCCAGCCCGGCCGCGGCUGCUCCCGCGGCGCUGCAGCCUCUGCGUCCCGCCGCCGCCGGGCCCGUGCCAACCCCCGCUCCUGCACACUGCACAGCGGCAGCUGCCGCGCACGCACAGGCCACGGCCGGCACCGAGGAGAGGAGCAGCGCAGGGCGCCGCCGGCAGGGCAGUGCCCGGCAGCGACACAGGGGCAAACUAAAAAAAUCAGGCUUCGCCUCCAGCCCCCUCCCCUCCGUGAGGCUGAGGGCCCCCAGCAGCUCCGGCUCCCACAGCACAAACCACCCCUGGGAGGGAACCCCAGCACGGCUGAGCAGGGGGCAGGGUAGGAUCCUGGCACGGACACAGUGGAAGCCAGGUAGUGGGUAGGGGCCUGGCCCUGGACCAAGGUCUGCUAGCUACACAGCUCUGUCCACAGACAGCACGCACAGAGGACAGCCCCACCAGCCCCACCCAUCGCUUUUGCUAAUAUAGCUAUUUUGCAUCAGUA